AUGCUUUGGGCACAUAGGACGCGAAGCCGAGCCUGCAUUCCUUCGUUCAACGGAAGCGCAAAAUAUUUGAAGUUUUUGAAUAUCGAAGAUCACUCACUGGGCCACGUAACCCGGCAUGUCAGAAAGGAGUUUCCUGCAAAACCCUUCAAGACUCUACUUCGUCAAUCGAGCGAUCUUCGGAUCUUCAUUGAACGUUACGGUACAAAUCCCAGAUUUCGUGAUUGGAACGAGCUGAAUUCACUGCAGCUGGGGGUUGUCGAAAAUAAGAGCUUGAUUAUCACGCCGACUCAGGUGGAUUGGCUCAAACAAUUUUGCAGCCGUAGCGUCUCAAUUGAUGAUAGUCAUGGAGCAACGCGGUACAGUCUGAAAUUGACAUCGUUAUUAGUAGCAGACGAACGCGAUAGAGGACUCCCGGCCGGUGGCUGCUAUUGA